AUGCUCGUAGACACCCCUUGGCACCGGCAAGCGCAUGUGAGUGUGCCCUUGCGGAACUCCUCGGGAGAACACCUACCCUACUUUGAGGGCGAUGCGAAGACACCCAACUCUAUGGGAAUGCAACGGGCGCAGACAUACGAUGCCGCCUGUGGCUGGGUCACGCGGACCGAACUGCCUACAGGCAGCGGCCAGCUGUCUGCCUUUGUUCCGCCUCUGAAAUCGGGCUUCGCCACUAAGAGUGACGCCAUGGAGUACAGAGCAGGCUUCUUGUUCAGUGGACUAGCUGCAGAUGGCUGCAUUGUCAGCGUCUGCACCUAG